GGCAUCUGUGGACGGACCAGUACAGGCUGUGGUGGCCGCGCCGAAACAACAUGGACGGGAUCUAGAAGACGCUUGUACAGAGACGAAUGAUAAAGUCGCACGAUGACCUCGGGUAUAACGAGCUCCUACACGACGAUUCAGAGUGUCCCUGAGGACGUGGGCGCAGCAAAGCCGCCUGAUAAUGAAGAUGGAGAGGAAAGUGCUGACGCCCCGCUCAUCUCCGACCAGCCGUCCAGCGUGUGUCCCGGUCCGGAAGACGUGUGUCCAGGUCCGUCAGACGCGUGUCCAGGUCCGUCAGACGAUCAAGAGACAGAGGAAGACAACAGCACCGAGGCAAAACCCACAACGCCCACUCCCACAGACGACGACGAAACGGAAGCCAAACCCAAACCUGUCCCACUGCGCGGCUCAAAAAUACACCUGGACUGUCCUGCAAACGAGGCCGACACGCCCCCCUCUGCAGAACAACCCACCAACGAACCCAAUCUGUCUCCCGAUUGCGCCAAACCGCCUCCUCUCCAGAGCGUUUAUGGACUCGCCACUGAGCCCGGAGCGCCAAGUGAUAUUUUCAAAAAGAAGGAAGUGAAGCGUUCGUAUUCUUGCCCUCGGCCCGAGCGACCUCCACCUCCAGCUGGUUACUACGGCGUCCGCUCCUGCACCUCUAAACCCGCUUCUGUGUGCUCUGACUACGAGGACGGCCAGGAAUCCAUGUCUUCCUCUGUGAGCUCUGAGCAGCAGUCUCCUGUGUCUCUAGGUCCCGCAGACGACCACGGGAACCUUUUUGGCAUUUAUCGAGGAACGAACGAAGACUCUGAGAAACCUGCUGUUCCACCUCGGCCCCCUCAACCCAAACAGCCCUACGUCCCUUUUGCAUCGCUGGCUUCUCAGCCAAGACCGCCGCCGCCGCCGUUCAGACCCCCUCCUCCACCGUCGGAAACAGAACCUUUAUACAGCGAGAUACAGUAUCCAGCUUAUUUGCACAUUCUGCCUGAGCAUGAUAACAAUGUGGCCCUCGAGAACAAGACGAUCAACAGCCGUUCUUCCACAAAUCGUUCAAGUAUGGUUUACACUCAGGAAAUAGUUGAGAUGUUAAGGUGGUUGAAAGUAGUGUCCAAGACUGACUACAUGGCUCCAUCUUUAUAUGGCGCUAGUUUAGAAGAAGAAAUAAGAUCUUUUCAUCAGACAACUAUGAACCUCAAAAAGGCUCUGCGCCUCUUCAAUCUUCUCAUGAUGAAGCGCAGUGAAAUACUUCGAGACCACAUCUCCGAGCUCACGUCCACGUCUGACGCUCUGGACAAGGCGCUCAAGAGGAAGAAAACCAUCCAAGUGGCCGGAGGCACCACCGGCGCUGUGGGAGGAGUCACGGCGGUGGUGGGCCUCGUUCUGGCUCCUGUGACUCUCGGAGCGUCUCUUAUUGCCACGGCCGUAGGCGCCGGUAUGGUGGCCUCUGCGGGGGGAGUAUCUGCACAUGUGGCUAAGACCAAAAAGAAGGUUAUCACAAGAGCUGGAAUGGAGAGAUUAAUAAACGACUACACAGACAAAGUGAAGGACCCUGAGCACUGCCUGUGCUUCAUCCUCUCAGCCAUGAACGAGGUGCGUCGCUACGACUCUGCUCGUCUGCAGAGAGCAGGAGCUCAGCCCGACUCUCUGAAGGUGGCACAGCUCACUCAGUCUGUGUUUAACAACAUGGACACAGUGAGGAGGAACCUGGCAGCACAGCCUGGAGGAAUGUCCUCAGAGAGACUGCUUCAGGGCUUUGCCAAAGAACUGGAUUAUUAUUUUACAGAGAAAGAAGGACAGAAGCUGAAAGAGUCCAGAAAGAGCAGGUUUUCUGGUCGAGUGCGUUUACUCGGUGAAAACCUUCAGGAUGAACUGGAUUACUUAAAUUAUAUGUGGGAACUUUUCAACUGAGACCUCUGUACAGACACGCUCUUUGUCCUUCAGCAAAGCUACGCUAUGGGACUUUUCUAGUGGCAGGUGCCCUACCUGCUUGUGUCCAUAGAAACUGUAGGUCCAUGUCAAAAAUGUUCCACAGUAAUGCAUUAAAGUUAUUUGCA